AUGGGGCCACGUCUUCUGGGAUGCUUUCCUCUCCUACUGCUGCUGGGACUAUGGUGGUCAGUGUGUCCACUUUGUGCUUUGCCUAAGCAUCUCACCAAGGCUCACUGGUUUGAAAUUCAGCAUAUACAGCCAAGGCUUCUCCAGUGCAACAAGGCAAUGAGCAGUGUCAAUAAUUAUACUCGGCACUGUAAGCCUCAAAACACCUUUCUGCACAGCUCCUUCCAGGACGUGGCUGCUGUCUGUGAUUUGCCCCACAUCGUCUGUAAGAAUGGGCAGCACAACUGCCACCAGAGUCCGAAGCCUGUUAACCUGACUCAGUGCAAUUUCACUGCGGGGAAGUAUCCUGACUGCCGCUACCGAGAUGACACCCAAUACAAGCUCUUCAUUGUUGCCUGUGACCCCCCUCAGAAGAGCGACCCUCCUUAUCAUUUGGUUCCUGUACACUUAGACAAGAUUGUUUAA